CAAAAGAUAUAAAAAGUAACAUUAAUUUUAAUAGCCUACGGACAAGAUAAUAAUGCUUAGGACAACAACUAAGAGAAUGUGACAUUGUUUAUUUAUAUUACUCUUUACAAAAACGUUUUGAAAUAUUUAUACGUCGCUGAGAAGUUUGUCCUCACAGAGUUGCCGUAGCAGAGAAAAAGAUGUCAUAUCUUGGGAAAAUAGCCAAGGUGGCAGUGCCCGGAGCCCUUGGCCUGAUGUCUGCCACUGUUUUCGCAGCAAGCGAGGCCAAAGAAAAUAACACCACCCUGAUGACGGAUGAGCUUUCACUCUAUGACACACCUGAGUCCCAGCUGAGGUACGAGGAGCCCGAGGUUGGUCAUGUUGAGCAGGCUGCAGCAUCUCUGAGGAAGACAGUGGAGCCUUAUAUUUCAUGGUGUCAGGAAAAGACACAGUUUGCCAUGGAGAAAGUACAGUCUUACUACAAGACAGUUGAGCCUGGUGUGAAUACCACUCAAAGUAUUGUAAAAGACAUGUAUGUGUUUUUGAGCAACCCUCCAUCUGAGUUCUUCCCCAGUGUGGGUGUUAUAGGAUUCUCUGGAAUUCUUGGACUUUAUUUAGCAAAAGGCAGCAGAAUCAAGAGGCUGAUGUUCCCCACUGGGCUGAUGGUUCUGAGCACUUCCAUGUUCUACCCACAGCAUGCCGCCUCUGUUGCCAGGACCACAAAACACUACAUCUUUUCCCGGGGUUCAGAAGGGCGAGUUGUUUUGGAGGAGCUGCUGAGAGGGAAAUCAUCAUCCAAGGACAAAGUUGAAAAAACACAGAAAACAGACAGCCAGAAAUCAAGUUGAGACAAAGCAGUACAUUUUACGAGGAGUUUCCUGCUUUGCACCUGGUUCUCUUAUCAAUGCACGGAUCAGUUUUGUGGUAUUUGCUAUAUUAUUGUGUUGGUCGUCUUUACUGGAACUGUAUAUUUCACUUAUGUUUUCUGUGCACUAUAUAAAUUUACUUUUGUACAUAAAUGUACACUGCAGCAGUAACCAUUUGGGCCAACCUGAAAAAAGAGCUACACACCUGACUUGCACUGUGAAAUGUCCAGACAUUUUUCAACAACUCAGUGACUUUUAGGUCUUACUGAUGGUUCCUAUUGUAUUUCCAAAAUUUUCUACACCAGUGUUGUCGUUGCAUUCUCUAGAACCUUCCCGUGCCACUAUACAAAGAUCAAAUUUCAAACUUGCAUACGUUUUUAUAAUCUUCACAAACUUCUGAUUUCACAAACCACAUUGAUAAGUGGACCAUGUAACAUGAACCUAAUCUGGACAUAAACAAAGGGAUAUUCUGCAAAGUACAGUAUUCUCCAGGAGAGUUAUACCAUCCAUUCUGUUCAUUCACUCUACAGAGCAGAUAGUAGUCUGGGUUUUAUUUAAAUUUUUUUCAUCUUUUUACCACUGUGACUAGGAGGAAAACUUGAAGGUGUUAACUUACGCAAAUAAUUAAUUACAAGACAUCACUUUUUCUUUUCCUUUUUUAGACUUUUAAUGCAUUAAAUUGGACACAAAUAAAAGACUAUUGAUAAGCUGAUCUGACAUACAAACUACAGAAUAUGAUUGAAAUAGGAUGAAUACAAGCACUAUAACUUCAUCUCAGAGUAAAUUGCUGGGUAUUAAUAUGAUGAAUACCCACAGAGUAUUUAAAAGUAUUUUGUGUAAGCAUUAAAGUAU